AUCUGUCAGAGGAAGGAAUGGAAUUAGGACUAGGGUUAGGGCAGGGUCAGGGGCUGGGAGGUGUAAAGGAGAAGCAAGAGCUGCUGUUUUUAGAUGCACACCCGCGGGUCCUUUUCUCUUCCUCUCCUCCAGAGCACCCGCCCCUCCUCCUCAUGCUGGAGUCAGGCAUGUUGCCCAUAGAAGGAGAGGACAAGGAGGAGGAGGAGGAAGUGUCGGACGCAGACGGACACAUGGAGGGUCAUGGGGACAGAGAGAUGGACAGGAGUGUGCCGCUGAGCUGGGUGGACACUCUCAGGGGGGCCAGGGAGCCCCCUCUCCCCGCCCCCAGGCACAAGCGCUCGCACUUGUCCCACACCAGGCGGGGUGAGAUGCCGGUGUGCGAGUCGGAGAGUGUGUGGGUAACGGACAAGACGACGGUCAUCGACGAUAGGGGUAAAACAGUCAACAUCGUGCCAGAGAUCAAGACAGUCAAGGGGGCGCUGAAGCAGUACUUCUAUGAGACUCGCUGCCUCCAGGAGGGGCAGCAGAGGGGCGGUGGGCCGCAGCGGGAGGCAGGGGGGGCAGGGGCCUCGGCAGCAGGAACAGGGACAGGACCCGUAGGUGUGUCCGGAGCCAGCUGCCGGGGCGUGGACAUCAGACAGUGGGUGAGUCAGUGUAAGGCCAAGGACACAUAUGUCCGAGCCCUCACUGUUGACAACAACGGUCUGCAGGGCUGGAGGUGGGUCCGCAUCAACUCGUCCUGCGUGUGUGUCCUACUGUCCAGAGUAACCAGGAAAAACAGAGGAAGGGAGUGAGGUGCAGGAGAUGGAGGAAGGGUGGAGAGGAUAAUGUGGAAGAAAUGUUAACACAGAUAAUGCUUGGGACAUUGGAUGUAAUGUCAGUGAGACAGUAGGUGUUACUUUAUAGGCCAGGGUGCCUCUUAUCCAGAGCGACUUACAUUAGUGCAUUCUUCGUAUGAUAGCUGCACUCUUACAAAAAAGGGUUCCAAAAGGGUUCUUCGGCUGUCCCCAUUGGAUAACACUUUUUAGUUCUAGGUAGAACCCUUUUUGAGGUUCUAUGUAGAACCCUCUGUGGAAAGGGUUCUACCUGGAACCAAAAUGGGUUCUUCAAAGGGUUCUCCAAUGGGGACGGCCAAAGAACCCUUAGGUUCUAGAUAGCACUUUCUUUAACGAGUGUAGGCGAGACAACCCCUCCACCCAUCACGGGCUCAGUGAGAGUGACUACACAAAAACAAUAAAACCUCAACAAUACAACUUAGGGAAAACUAUCAUAUCAAAAUAGCGAUUUUAGAAAAGUACUGUUUGUUUCAUAAUUGUCUUCAUGUCAUACAUGUUAUUGCUGAGUAAUACUGUAUGUAAGCAUGAGUUUUAAAUUAAUAUAUUUCUUUAUAUAUGUGUACAAUAUGUGAUCAGUAUGUUUUUAUGUAUGAAAGUAUGUAUAUUUAUAGAGAAAGGUACGUGGAAUGAUAGGUUUGUUGUUGUUACAUGAUUCCAGCCUCUGGCGUCUGGCCUCUGCUCUGAAUGGGAGAGGAAGGGACUGGCAGCAGCUAGUCAUUUAGCCUGAUACUGCUCAACACUGCAUACUGUGCACUGACCAAUCCCAGUCCUCCUUUGUGAAGUCUCACAGAGAACAUUAUCACUGAGUGCUUUAAUAGUAAGAUAGAGAGGAGAAUUGAGCCAUGUAUACUGUGAGCACAAUGCUGGGUGUCAUCAUGAUGCCCAUACUGUUGUCAUGAGAGCAACAGUCCAUUUACAGUGUAGCCAGUCAUAUGUGAUCAGAACAUUUGAGUGACCAAUAGAAACCCUGCAGCGGUGUGACAACCACAGAAGCAUUUUUAUCUCUAUCUCUCCCUGUAGUUAGAUCAUUAGAUGAUUGAAGAAUUCCAUUCGCCUCAGUUUGCAGUUUGAACUCUGCACUCUAUAAUAUAUGCUGUACAACAUAUUUAUACAUCUGGAUUUUUGUAAUACAUGUAUGUAUAUUGUAAAGGCCUGUUUCUUAUUCCAUAAGUAAAAGAUAAACUAUUAUAACUUAUUUUAU